UCAUAAAAUAGCCAUUUUCCCAGGCAGCAGUUGUUGCAACAGCGAAGCGAAGCGAGGGGGAAGCGACGGCUGCCGCCGCCGCUCCUGACAGCGCACCACUUGUUCAGGUUGCUCUCUGAGCCCCGGGUGUGUUUCGUGUCGAUUUUAACCUCAUCUUUCACCACCCACGUGCAAGUACAGCCGGGAUUUUUCUCGGAUUUAGGAUUAACUCGCCCGUUGAGAUAUGAUCUGGACUGGAUUGUUGAAAAUGGAAUUGUGGUGGUUGCCGCAGUCAUAAAACCCCUGAAGCUGAUCCCCUAAGAAUGUUUACUCAGAAGUAAGAUCCACUGAAUUCAGUGUGCCUGGACACUUAAAAGCAGCCUGAGAAAUAAAAUGGAGCCUCGAAUGCCUCACAACAUGACUGUGGUGCCCAGUUCUCCCAUGGUACAGCCUCUUCUAGAAAGCCGGAUCCCUUACAGCAGACUGCAACAUCCCUUGACUAUCCUGCCUAUCGACCAGAUGAAGACCACACAUAUGGAGAACGACUACAUUGACAAUCCCACGCUGGCUCAAAUGGUGGCUCAGAAGCCUCCCCGGAGCCACCACGAGCCCACCCUUCCACCACGGUGUGAACAAGAUGUCACCCAUCCAUGGAUCUCCUUCAGUGGGCGGCCCAGCUCCGUCAGCAGCAGCAGCAGCACGUCUUCAGAUCAAAGGCUUUUGGACCACAUGGUCCCACCUCCUGUGGCUGACCAGUCCUCCCCAAGAGCAGUUCUGCUUCAGCCCAAGGCGGUUCACUGCAAGCCCUUGGAUCUGAAAGGACUCCCCUCUCUGAAGCUGGACAAGCACUUUUUGCUGUGUGAAGCCUGUGGAAAAUGCAAGUGUAAGGAAUGUGCCCUGCCUAGGACUUUGCCCUCAUGUUGGGUGUGCAAUCAGGGAUGUCUGUGCUCAGCCCAGAACCUGGUCAAUUACUCAACCUGCAUGUGCUUGGUGAAGGGCAUAUUCUACCACUGCACCAACGAGGAUGACGAGGGCUCCUGCGCAGACCAUCCCUGCUCUUGCUCCCAUUCGAACUGCUGUGCCCGUUGGUCCUUCAUGAGUGCCCUCUCCCUGGUUUUCCCCUGCUUGCUGUGCUACCUGCCAGCCACUGGCUGUGUGAAGCUAUCUCAGCGGUGCUAUGACCGCGUGAGUCGGCCUGGAUGCCGGUGCAAAAACACAAACAGCGUGAUUUGUAAAGCAUCCCCAGAUGGGAAAGCUGACAGCAGACCGGAGAAAUCUUUCUGACUGCUGGAGAGAUGUUGGGAAGUGCAGGAUGAGAAAAGAAAAAAGGAAGGGUGUUUUGUCACCUGUGUCAAAGUAUAACACAUGUCAGCCUUUUUGUACGGAGGGAGGGAAAGAAGGAAGGAAAUGGAUAUUUUGCUGUGCAAGGGCCAAAACAGACUACACGGAGCAAUUUGAAGACAUCUCCUCUCCUAGUCCUUAGUCCUGGCAGUUUGAUCCAUCUGGAGAUUGCAAGAAUAAUCCAGAAGUAGGCUUGGCAUGUACAUCAUCAGAUGGAAGCAGGACUUCAGUUCAGGGUCACCAUCCGAUUAACAUAUUUAUAGGUUAUGGACAGUAAGGGCUACGUUUCCCUCAAGGCUUUAACAAGAAUGUUCCUUACCGCCUCAUUUUGUUGUUGUCAUUGUUGUGUCUGUACGUUGUGAGAGUACUCCUUUUAAAAAAUAAUCUUUCUGAAUAUGUAGAAAUCAGUAGCUCUUCUCAGGUAUUAAGCUUCAACAGAGUAUUCAAACUUGAAUAAAGGGUCCAGGACUGAUCAGAUAGGUAGAUACAAGGGUAAGGCAUUCUGAGCCCUCCCUAUAGAGCAGGGGUCCCCAAAUCUGGCAAUUUUAAGACUUGUGGACUUCAACUCCCAGAAUUCUCCAGCCAGCCAGGAAUUCUGGCCAAGUUUGAAGACCUCUGCUAUAGAGGUUUAAAUGCCCUGGGUGAGCUUAACACCUGGAUUAGCACUACCUUUAACUCCUGUUGAUUUUACUGCCAUUAAGGCAGUCUUGAAAGUUUGAAUAAUGAGCAAAUAUCCCAACUCUCUUCCCAAAUCCUCUCUCCCUCUCCCCCCACCCUCUCUUUCUCUCUCUCUAUUCUUUCUAGAAUGAUCACCACAAAGAAUAUAUUCUAACUGAUGGAUUGCUUCCUUAUUAAGUGUUUCUUGAUCUCUUGUAACAGAAAAGGUGGGGAGGAGGAAUUCAUUCCCUUUGGCAAGUUCCACAAAGAAUUCAAACCAGCAGCCACCAGCCUGAACUCUAUCCAUUCAGGUCAAGUAGGAGCAAAUGGUAAUAUAAGGCUUUUGAUGCUUCAGUGCUGGAACAAGUUUGAAAGCGAUGACCCAACUUGGUCAGAGAAUGUCCAGCCAAAAGAGUUUCUAGGACUUCAAGCCCAUUUUUGCAUUUCAAAUGCACAAAAUUUGGAACAUACAUUUGAAAUAGUGUAUUAUGUUGCUUGAUCAUUAUUGCACAUUUUUAAUUGCACAAAUAAGAUCCCGCCACACAAAAGAAAAAGAAGGAAAACUGAGCAUACGUUUCAAGGGAACUGAUCUCAACAGUACUUUCAGGAUAAACAUAAGCAGCUCAAUUCUCCUGGAAUAAAUUAUACUUUAUUAAAUCAGAGAUGCUUGAGCUGAAGCUUAAGAAUUAAGAACUCUGCAUCUGAAGGAUUAACCCAAACCAAGCACAAUAUAUCUGAGUAUCUUGAGACAGUCAGAAAUGGAGCAGCACAAUCCCAAACUCUCUUCGAAAUGGAAUUGUUUUUGACAAAAUAGCAUACAGGCACUAUUUUAAUUCUCAAAUUAGAGACAGUUGCUGCUUAAUUCUCUUUCUAUAAGGCAACAUGCUGCUCUUCGUGCAGGAAGGUUGCUAACAUUUUUUUUUAAGGAAGGGCAUAAGCUUGAGGGGCACAUUUCUGACAAAGUGCCUAUAGUUUUUGUCAGCCACCCCUUUCUAGAUAUCAUCUAUCAAUAUCCAACUUCCUGAAACUGGUGCCCCCUGGGGUAGGUUGGAUUACACGUUCUGUGGCUCCAGUGCUGACUGGGAGGGAUAGAGAAACCAGGAAUGGAAUAUAUUUGAAGGGCUGGAGGUUGGGAAGGUUAAUCUCUGUACUUGGACAGCAACAAAGGCUGUUAAGAUGCUUUUUUAGGUGGGAAGGAUCCCUGCUCAAGGCCAGUGGAUUAACCUUAUUACAAGAUGCUAAACAGGAAGUCAUUGACACUACACAACACAUGGAAAAGAUAGGCAUGUAAAAAGUGGUCUGUAAAAGUGAAGAGUAUUUCUCUCUUUAAUUAGAAAAGAAAAAUCCAUGGCACCUUUUCAACCGAAUAGGAUUUCUGAUCCAAAAUUAAUCAACUGUGUAGAGAGAACUAUAGAGAGAGAAAAUUAAUCAAUUAUGUAGAGAGAAAGGAGGCCAACUUUAUUAUUAUUUUAGGGAUAAGCAGGUAGAAGAAUAUGCUCACUUUUUUCACAUUGAAGGGUUUGUUUAGCACCGCAGAUUUGGCUGAAAAUUAUUUUUAAUAUUUUUAUACAUUCCCGUUCUUCUAUUUUAUAGGAAAGAGAACUUGUUUGAUGAGUCCUUGGAUGUCUGAUAUUAGCCUUACAAAGGAGACACCGUGGGGGCGGGUGGUGGUGGAUCUAUUGCAAACCUUUGUCCAUUGAGAUGAAUGGUGGGAGAAAUCUCCCAGCGUUUUCUUAUUCCAUUCAUUUCAGUGGAUGUUACAAGUUCUUGCUGGAUUCUGCUCAGUGUGUGUUGUGGAUGUUCUUACAAAUCCUUGGGAGAAUCACAGGGGCACUGAGGGGGGGGGGCAGAGUGAGGGGAGAAAAAAGAAAACCUUCGCCAACAUAUUGCUGAAUGUAUUCAUCCCUGUCAAUAUUCAUGGUAAUGAAGUAGUGCUAGCCAACCAUAAAUGCUUUGUUACGGCAUUCCUCAAAGUAGUGUCCUCUAGAUUGAUUAAAACUCCAUCUCCAUGUCCUACUGACAGCAGGGGAACUAAUGUGUAAAACAUCUGGAGGUCACUAAGUUAAAAAUGCUGUCUGAUGGUCUCUUUUGUUCCUAUUAGUGUGCAGCAGUACUGAUCAAGCAAUAAAUCUAUAGUCAGACAAAGAAGCAAAACAUCCAAACUGUUAGGUCAAUAUUUUGACCUUUUUACAUUUGUCUUACCAUUUCUUAGACUUUUUAAGAAAGAAAACUUGGGGUUUUUAUUGUUAUUGUACAUAGUUGAAAACCACUUAAAUUACUGUGUGGGUUUUUGAAGCUUGUUUUUAAUCUAUCGGCAUCAACGAAAUGGAUAUGGAUCAUGUGGGAAAAAGACCCUGGAAAGGGAGACUCUGAAAAUGCAAGCAGAACUCAGCUGCCAGCUUCCACAUCUCCCCCCACUUCCUCCUGCCUAGCCCUCUUGUGUAGCAGUCAGUCCACAUGUUUCUACGGCUCUUUCCUAGAGACCUAGCAACACCACUGACAACAUUCUCGCCGAGCAUUGAAAACUUUCUGGGUUAGUCCAGCCCAAGAAGAACCUGAACUGCUUCACACUAUUCCUUUGAGAUGGUCUUCUUGAAUGCUCUGCCUGAAAAGUUUCUCCCCGGCCACCCUCAACCCUUUGCCCUUUCUGUUCUACCGCUGAUCCUCUUCUCCUCUCUCCCAUUUACCCUUCCGACCACCUCACCCUUUCAAGGGUUAUAAAGGCAGGCCCGCCACAUCUAUGUGAAAUUGAGAUCUGACUGGCUAAUCCAAGGAACUUCUUUACACUCUCCCAGCUGGUCAGGCUGGAUCCUGAUUCAACAAGGAAAUUGUUCAGGAGCAUCAAAGUGCCAUCUACAUCAGGGAUGUCAAACUGGCAUCCCUCGGGGCGGAUGCAUCACACACAGGCUACAGCCACCCUGGCUCCGCAAAAGCAAAAAAAAAAGUCACAAUAAAUCACGUGACCAUCAUGUGAUGUGAUUGAGUUUGACACCCGGGAUCUACAUAGAUAAACCCACAGGAAAAGCAAGGACCCCGUGGCCUUCCUGUCAGCUGGCUACCAGUUUCUGAAUGGCCAGUGGUAAAAACAUGCUGAAGGUUUCUUCUCCUUGAUCUUCCUCUUCCUCCCCUACUUUCCCUGGGUGAUUCCUGAAAGCUCCCCUCACAUGGGUAGCACCUUCAUCUUUCAAC